AUGCAGCGCCUCACCUCGAAAUGUAAAUGGGGCUGCAUCUUCAUCAUCUUAAUGCUCUGCAUUGCCCUUUACUAUGACACGGAGAUCAAUGGCCAGGGCUUAUUUGAGGCUUCAGCCACGGGAAAAGUGUUGAACAACGCCGGACUCUUGCCACAUCUACAGAAGGGCUGCCAUUUGGUCAUGGUGGCAAUCGCUCGUGUCAUCAAAUAUGUGAAUCCCUACAUCCUGAUAGUAACCCAAAUGGUUGAGAAUCUCUGGCAGCAGUUGGUGAGUGAUGCCGGGAAUAUUUAUGAGUGCUUCCAGGGCUACUUCAACGGCAAUUGGACAGUGGAAGUCGCAGUCUUCGAUCACUAUGCACCAAAUUUGUCGCAAAAGCUCAAGUCCUUUGCCGCGGAUGCCAUGGGAAGCUAUAACGAAACUGCCAGCAUAAUGGAGGAUAAUUUGAAUCAAAUUUUGUUCUUUGCUGGGCAAUACAACAAGGAGUUUAACAAGAAAGUUGAUGAAUAUGCACAGAGGAAAUUAUUCUAA